GGGACGAGAUAUAGUAUGGCACGAAAUUAAAUAUAAUUAUGCCGCAGUUUGGACAAAAAUCUGCAUUAUUUUGAUCAGCCUAGUUUUAUUCUAGCAGUAACAAGUUACCCGUCCUGCUGUACUGCAGUAGUAGUUAGUACAACAAGAACUUAUGUACCAUCUUCUGAUGUACAAUGAACAAGAACAAUAACAAUGUACGAAAUUAGCAAAAUAAUUAAUUUGUGCGCUUUUGAAUUCUAGUCUACUUUUUUUCUAAGUUUCAAUAAGUUAAUUUUUUAUUGUUUUUUUAUUGAAAAUGAAUAAAAAGAUGAUUGAUAUCCUUAAAAAAGGAAGCAGAAAAUUGCUUGGCUUUAUGUUCAAGGCUUGUGGAACUCUCUUCAAUCCAAAAAAAAAUUUUAUGAAUAUAAAACACGGUAGUUUUUUCAAGCGUGCCAACUACAUUUUCAUAGAGUGAUGUUUUUUUUUGAUGUAGCAUUCUGCAUGUUUAUUCUCUUGUGGGCAGACUGAGUUGUUUUGAUGUACAUGAAAGGCCCAGUGUCUGUUUUAUUGUCUGACAAUUUUUGGUAAAUCAACAUUUAACAUUUUUAAAACCUAUUUUUAAAAUACGAAAGAAAUAUUUGGAAUUCUCAAAUGUAAUUUAUCGAAUUUUAGACUUUAAUGAAAUUAAGAUUGAGAAAAUUACACUUUGCACUGUUUUAUCGAAAUAAAAAUUUCUUUCAUUAUUUUAUUUUUACCUCAUGAGUUACACCAUUAAUCAAUUUCAUAAAGAUAAUGUAGGUUUUAUAAUUUUUCAGGCGAACAUGAAAUAAUAAAAUGGCGCGAGAUAAACCUCCAACCAGUUCUCUUUAUCCAAGAGAAUCCUUUCUUUGCUUCUUUCUUUUCAUCGUAGAACUUGCAGCAGUUUGGUCUAUGGUUGCACUGAUCUAUAAUACAUUCAUGGUUUAUCUUCCGACGGCCCGGGAGAAGGAAGAAGGACUUCUUUUAAACCCUGUCAUGUGUCAGACCUCUAGAUAUGUUGAAUCCCAUGAGUGUUCUUGGUGGUCAUGUAUGGAGUGGUGUUUAUCCUCUACCCAGCCCCCUGACUCCUGUAUCCAUGUAUAUACCAGUGUACGAAAUCAUGGGAGCAAUAUCAGGCUGAAUGGGUGUUUUAAUACACAAAUCAGGUUAAUUAGGAUUAUAUAUUUUUUAAAGGGACUUUAAGAGACUCUCAAUUUAAAGAUUAGCGUAUCUGA